AUUUGCCAGACUACUUGAGGCAUUUUAAAAGUUAAUUCUUAUUAACUGCUCGUGACAAUGUUGCGUCCAAACGUGCUUACAGGCCAACUGCCAACUGGAUCUAAUGUACCGUGUAGUUUACACGAAUGCACCAAAGAGGAUUUACUUGCGUAUUUUGAAAACGCGUACGACUUGGACGAGUGGCUUUUUACAUCUCUCAAAGACGAAGAGUGUUUUUACAAGUGUCCCGAUCGUCUACGCUUACCACUGGUCUUUUAUUUCUGCCACACGGCCGUGCUUUACAUCCAUAAGCUAACAAUGGCUGGUUUGAUAAAGGACAGAGUUGAUGAAAACUUUGAAGCAAUGUUUGAAACAGGUGUGGAUGAAAUGUCAUGGGAUGACACGGAAAACUACCGGAUGGGUGGAGCUUAUAAAUGGCCACCAAUUGAGAAAAUUACAGAGUACAGGAAGAAGGUGAGAGAAAUUGUGCGAUCAGUCAUUCAAAACUUGGAUCUGACGUUCCCAGUCACUGAGGAUAGCCCAUGUUGGUCAGUCUGGCUUGCCAUUGAGCAUGAGAGGAUCCACCUUGAGACAUCGUCAGUCCUAAUUCGGCAAAUGCCUAUAGAUAUGGUGUCUAGGCCUGUUGGGUGGAAGUAUGGACCUUUAGCUAUGGACAAGCCUGUCCUAAGCAACCCAAUGAUAAUUCAAAAAUCGCGGGACAUAGUUCUUGGCAAGCAUGGUGAUUGCUCAGUUUGGGGGUGGGACAAUGAAUAUGGAAGACUAGAAUUAAGCAUUCCAGCAUUUGAAGCUUCUAAAUACAUGAUCACGAACCGUGAGAUGCUUGGUUUUGUACAGGAUGCUGGUUAUAAUACCAAAAAAUAUUGGUCUGAAGAAGGUUGGAAGUGGAGAUCUUACACACAAGUGAAACAUCCAACGUUUUGGGUUUGCAAUGAGAACUGCAAAUCCAACUGUGGGUCUGCAUUGAAAGAAUAUAGUCAUUGUAACUUUGGUGUUUCAGCUGCUACAACUAACGGAGAUCAUCAUAAUACCGAUGAAAAAUAUGGGCUGCGUUUAAUGUUUGAUGUCGUUGCGCUGCCAGCCGACUGGCCUGUGGAAGUCAAUUUUCAUGAGGCUCAGGCUUUCUGUCGCUGGAAGGGUAAUGGCUACAGACUUAUUACUGAGGCAGAGCAAGUUAUUAUUCGAGAAUUGGAAAAUUUUAACGACUCAGACAUUACCUUGGAUCCAAUUUACAGCAAAAAAUCGGAAAAGAAAUACAAUUUUAACAUGUAUUAUGGAUCCAGCACACCUGUUAACAUGUACCCACCCACCAAGUCUGGCUUCUGUGAUACACUGGGUAAUGUAUGGGAAUGGGUGGAGGAUCAUUUCAAUGGAUUUCCUGGAUAUACACUGAAUAAAUAUUACCAUGAUUAUUCAGCACCUGGCCUGGAUGGAAGUCAUGGUGUCAUAGUGGGUGGUAGUUGGAUUUCAACUGGUAAUGAAGCAUCUAGAUUUUCAAGAUAUGGUUUUCGUCGUCAUUUUAUGCAGCACGCUGGUUUUCGUGUUGCACGAACAUUAGAUGGUAAGAAGACACCUGUCAUGGUUGUGAAGUCACCGGCAAUUAAAACCAACCCUAAUGAACCAGACUUUUCAAAGAGUGUUUCCUCUUGUGGAGUGAAACUUGUCAAGUGGGAUUCAUCUAACGUAUACUAUGCUGAAAAAGAUUCAACCAGACUGGUUGAAAUGGCUGUGGAGAAUUACUGUCCUAUGGAUAAGCAUUUUGCUCAGCAUUCUUCAUUUAAUGAGAAAAUUUGCCUAACUGCCUUAAAGGCUGCAAAAGGAAUUCCAACGAGCCAAGUUUUAUUGGUUGGAUGUGAAGCAGGGAAACUCGCAUUUGAUUUAAGUGCAUAUUUUGAGAAGGUUGUUGCUUGUGACCCUUCUACAUGUGGCAUCUACAUUGCUCAACAGCUGAAGGAAAAUGGGAAAUUUACUCUGGAUUCAGAUGUUUUUUCAAGCUGUGAAAUUGUAAAGAAUUCCAUCGAAACAGUUCUAAAAGUUCCAGAAAAAGCUAUUCCCGAAAAAGUUCAAUUUAAGCAGCUAUCAUGGCUGCCUUAUGAGUUUAGAGGAAUUGAUCUGAUCAUAUGCACCAUAUUGGACAGAGAUCAGAAGGGAGAGGCUUGGUUGCUGAGAAUUAAGGAUCUUCUUAAUGGAAUAGAAGCUGGUACAGCAAUCAUAGCCAGCAGUUGGCCAGCAUUGAACAUGCAGGCCGAGUUCAAUCCAUUCCGCCUCAUAUCGGAGGAAAAAUUUGAGUUCGUUAGUGGAACUCAAUACAUUACAGUGUGGCAAGCAGCAUAAACACUUGAUUUUUAGUGUUGUUGUACAGGGCCAUUUAUCUGCUAAUUAUUUUGGCCGAAUAUUUCAGCUUUUAAUUGAGCACUUCUGAACGCUUUGUUAUAUAAGCAUCGUACCUAUUAAUACAAGUAUAUUCUCGUUUUAGAAUUUUUUAUUGAUUACAAAAUCUGUAUUACAUUAGGCUUUUCGUUUGAUUUAUAGUAGGUUGGGGGAAGAUGGUACACCUUUUCAUUCUAUUUACUCGUCCCAUUUGGUAGCAAACAAAGAAUAUUCACAGAAUUAUAAAACCUAUUCUCACGACUCACAUGGACAGUUGCUAAUUGUUUAAAAAACGAUCAGAAUAUUUGGAUAUUAUGUCCUAAAGGUGUCCCAUUUCCUCCCGACACUACUAUAUCACUAAAACGAUUGCGUUCAUAUUUCUUCAAGAUUUACUCUCCAUAACUAACUGCAGUCAUAGGGUAAUGUAGUUGUUUAGCGAUAAUACACACGCAUUUAAAAAAUCACCAAAAUAAAUAAUACUAACUUG